AGGUACUUUUUUUUCCAGUUCCCUGGUGCUGCGGCGUCAGUAGCAACGAACGUUGUUAGGCUCUGAGUAGGCCUUCUGAUUUCAUUGUGUUUCUAGCUUGCUCGUCGUAAGACAUCAAACGACCAAGAUGCAGGCCGUUACGGACUUGGUUGCAGCGCCGUUUCGGUUUGCGACGUCAAAGACAGGCGUUGCUGUGGUUUCUGUUGCGACCACGGGAUACCUGGUGGGAAAGCUUUUGCAGGCGCGCUUGCGCAUGAUUGGCAAGGACGAGCAACUGGUGAUGGAGACCGCGACGGAGUUACUCGUGAUCACGGGCCCGCGGGUGAUCAUGAUGCCACUGGUGCUGAAAAACAGCGAGAAGAAAAAAGCGCUGACGUUGCUCAAGACGGAGUACUGCAUUGUGAAGAACAGUCUGACCGGCAUCAGCAAAUGCGAGGUCGGCCCAAAAAUGGUGUUCCUCCAGCCCUACGACGAGGUCGUGGGCGGAGGCGCUCGGCAAAUGAUCACGCUGUUGCGCAACGAGUUCGUGCGGUUCAAGGACCAGACGACGGGGAAGAUUCGGGUCGAGAAGGGUGAGCAGGGAGCGGUGAUGCCCUCCCCUACGGAAGUGUACGUGGAUGCCGGCGGCAAGCGCACCGCCGUCGACCUCAACGCCUCGGAGUGGUGCAAAACAGAGAACAAGGAAACGGGGCGCGUCAUGGUUCACAAAGGGCCUCAGCUAGUCUUUCUCGACAGUUACGACGAAUUCGUGUCGAAGCCAGCCAAGCAAAAAGCCCUAGACCUUAAGGUCUACCAGUGGGUUCGUGUGCAGGUGAGAAUGGAUCAGACUACUACUGUGUUGAAUGAUAAAAUCGGAUCUACUUUCCUGCCAGAGAAAUGUUGUACAAUGUGGCGAGCACACGUUUCUCAUUUUGCAGUCAUAAUCGGGUAGCUCGUUUUUGAGCCUCCUCCAUUCAUUCUAGAUAGGUCUUUGUGACGGCAGUUUCAUCUCGAUGAAAACAGGACCACGAAACGGGAAAAACGCGAGUGGAACGCGGAGAGAAGCUGCUGUUCCCCGGUGCGUAUGAGGAGUUUCAGCUUCCGGUGCAGAACGCGGUCGAAAUUGACGACCAGACCGCAGUUCUCGUGCGCAACAAGAGGUCCGGGCAGCAACACCUGGAGAAAAAACUGCAGCUGUUCGUACCGAAAGACGACGAAGAGAUCGUGGAGGUGCGACCCCUGGUGAAGUUGGCGGACUACGAGGCCUGCAUUGUCCGCGGGAAGGACGGAAAGGACCAGUUCUUCUUUGGCAAGCACCCGGACCAGCGCAGUUUCUUCGUGCCGCCCUUCUCCGAGUUGGUCCAGCUGUGCUGGAGCCGGGGCCGCCGCCGGGAGUUUCGGGACCUGCUUGUGACAAAAUUGGACCUGCGCCCCAUGUUCAUGUCGUUCGAGUUCAACUGCCGAACGGCCGAUAAUGUGGAGCUGGUACUUAUUUUUCGUCCGUUUCUGGUUUUGCUAGGCUUGUUUCGAACAUUAUCCAGAGUUUGUAGUUUAAGCAGUAUAAAGCAAGAAACUACGACCCUGCUGCUUCAGGUUCUAGAAGGAACGCUGUUUUGGGAAAUCGCAGACCCAGUGGAGAUGCUGAAGUAUACGAAUGACACCACCGGGGACAUCUGCAACCACGCACGAUCACAGUUCAUCGAGCGCGUGUCUCGGGUCUCCCUGCAGCUAUGGAUUGCAAAAAUGUCUGGGUCUGGAAGAAUGCAACUUGUGAUGCUAUUUUUGGAAUCUAAAAAAUCUGUAUUGCAUGAACAGCAAGUGCAAGAGGCGUCCAGUUUUUGCUCCGCGGAGAGGGCAUUUGUCAUGCGGGAUAGGCAUCAAGAUACCUCCCGCAAAAAAAUCUGUCAUGCUAGGUCAUGCAUUGCAGGCAUCAUAGCCCAUGCGAAAUAUGCAUGACAAACCGGUCGACGUGCGCACCGCUGCGCCAUUAAGGUCAAAAAUAGGAAUGAGAUACAUCUUCAGGUUAGUAGUCACAUCCUGCGCAGCUAUAUGAAAAAAAAAAAAAAUAUGCAUGACAAACCUGGACAUCUUCCAGACCCAGACAUUUUUACAGUUGAUAGCAGCAGUUCAUGAGCGACUUCAACGUCAUCGCGGCGGAGGCCCACCGCCACGACGACACCUUUUACAAGCAGCGCGGCUGUAAAAUCCACUCUUUGGAGGUCACGGGGUACCACUGCGCGGAGUCCAAAACGGCCGAGGUACUGGGGCAGAUCAUUCAGGAAACCACAAAUCGGAUGAACCGCCUGCAGAAGCAAGAAUCUGAAUCCGAGGUCCAGCUCAGCAAAAUCAAAGGUAGAAGAGGGCGAGCACAUCGAUCGCCUGAUGGUUUUGAGUUUUGUUGUUAAUUUUCUUAGCAACUCCAGGAGACUGCGAUAAAAAAAGUUUUUACUUCUAGUGCAACAAAAUACUUAAGUACUACUUCGCAGGUCAAAUUGCCGAGGAGGAGGCGCGGAAGAGUCUUCUGGCCAUCCAAACGGAGAACUCGAACGCGAGGAUGGCCAUGGAAGGCUUGGGCGAAGCAGUGAAAAUCACCGAGUUUUUGGGAAAGUUGCAGAAUCACCAGUUGGCAACGGAGACCUGCAUCACGAUGUGGAACGUGUUGCGCAAACGGGAAGCUCUGGCAGAGGUCAGCCAGGGUGACGCGCGCUUGUUCUUCACUCCGAAAGACGUCAAUCUUUCCAUUGAGUCGCACGACCACGGCAGCGUAGCGGGUGCGUAG